UUUUCCAUGCCAUUAAAAGUCACCCUGCCCUCAGCACUACAGCCAUGGAAACUUAGGAAUGUGGUAUUGGCAGGUGGAUUUUUUUUCUUUCUUAGGGGAACAGCCCGGGCCUCGACCAAGUCCCACAAUAGCCAAGAGGUACAUGUUUUCUACGUGAAAGCUUCAGAGAGCAAGUUUUCUUGGCCGUCCAGCUUCCAGUCACCUGUUUCCCAACACACCUAGAGCUCUUCAGCGACGGCUGUCCCGAUCCCAGCCCGCCCCUGCCGUGCCUGUAAAUCACCCUGCGAACCGCUCUGCACUCUGCCAGCUCCCCGCGGCCGCGACCUUACCGACGGAGCCGGUGUAGAGCCACAGCACUGCAGCCAUGUCGAUUGGAGUGCCCAUCAAGGUCCUGCAUGAGGCUGAGGGCCACAUCGUGACCUGUGAGACCAAUACAGGAGAAGUUUAUCGAGGCAAACUUAUCGAAGCUGAAGACAACAUGAAUUGUCAGAUGUCCAACAUAACAGUGACAUACAGAGAUGGACGGGUGGCACAGCUCGAGCAGGUGUACAUCAGGGGCAGCAAAAUACGGUUUCUCAUCUUACCAGAUAUGUUGAAGAAUGCUCCUAUGCUAAAGAGCAUGAAGAAUAAAAACCAAGGUUCUGGAGCUGGGCGAGGGAAAGCAGCUAUUCUCAAAGCUCAAGUGGCUGCAAGAGGAAGAGGCCGUGGUAUGGGCCGUGGCAACAUCUUCCAGAAGCGAAGAUAAUUUUGGUCUUGGCCGAGUUGCUUUUUUUAUUAGGGGUGUUAACUUGACUACGUGUGCAUUGGUAUCAGUUUUGUUUAAUAAAUGUUUCUGACAAAAACUUG